CGUUAUGGUGGUUUUGAGAACGUUGGUGCCACGGUUGAUGAUUGCAAAAAUUUUAGGAAGCGAAUUAAUAGCUAUAUAGGAGAAUAUGAUGCUGAUAUGGUGAUUAAUAGGAUGACUGACAAAAAACAGUAUUUAGCUGAUUAUUCGUUUGAAUAUUCUGUUGAUGAUGGCAAACGGUUAACUGGUUUGUUCUGGGCUGAUGGUUUAUGCAAGCUUAACUAUAUGGAAUUUGGGGAUGUGAUAUCGUUCGAUGCAACUUUCAAGACAAACAGGUACAAGAUGGUGUUUGUUCCGUUCACUGGCAUUGACAACCACUGUCGAAAUGUAACAGUCUCAGCUGGGUUGUUGGCAUCAGAGAGUAUUGAAUCAUAUAAAUGGCUUCUGAAUUCAUUUUUAAGGUCAUUUGGUCGGCAGCCAAAUGUUGUAGUGACGGAUCAAGACCCUGCUAUGAAACAGGCUAUUGAGGAGGUUUUCCCUAUUAGCAGACACAGAUUGUGUAUGUGGCACAUAAUGAAAAAAGUGGCAGAUAAGUAUAGCAUGCAAUAUUUUUGUGUUUUGUUGGAUGAGAUCCAUGUGGAUUCCGGCUUUUUACCGGCACGAGCCAAUGUCGGGUCUUAUGAGAACAACUUCAAGAUCAGAGAGUGA